UCCACCCUUCGAGGAAACCGAGCGACAUCCAUCAGACUGGUUGCACUCAGAGAGGUACACUCGAGCACUCUUCAGGCUGCACCCCAGCAAACGCUCCGCCGGGCCGUCACGUCGAGCUCCGGGCAGCCUCGGUGAUCUCUGCGCGGAUUCUCCUCUCCAUCAGGACUGUGGGAGAGAUGCGACGUCUCGGAGGAGGAGGAGACGAACUGGCCAGGCAGCAGCAGCAGCAGCAGCAGCAGCAGACACCUGCGAGGAGGAUCUGAGUUUGUUUCUGUAACGUCAAAGAAAGGUUUAUUGCGGUCAUCACUAUGACUGAUGGGGAUUAUGACUACCUUAUAAAACUCCUUGCCCUGGGGGACUCCGGUGUGGGGAAGACUACCUUCCUGUACCGAUACACAGACAACAAGUUCAACCCCAAGUUCAUCACCACAGUCGGCAUCGACUUCAGGGAAAAGAGAGUGGUGUACACAACGUCCAACCCCAAUGGGGCGACCACAGGGAAAACCUUCAAGGUUCACCUUCAGCUCUGGGACACAGCUGGACAGGAGAGGUUCCGCAGCCUGACAACGGCGUUCUUCAGGGAUGCCAUGGGGUUCCUGCUGAUGUUUGAUCUCACCAGCCAGCAGAGCUUCCUCAAUGUCAGAAACUGGAUGAGCCAGCUACAGGCCAAUGCCUACUGCGAGAAUCCAGAUAUUGUGUUGGUAGGAAACAAGGCGGACCUGGCCGACCAGAGGGAGGUCCAGGAGAAACAGGCCAAGGAGCUGGCUGAUAAAUAUGGGAUCCCGUACUUCGAGACUAGUGCAGCGACAGGAGCAGAGGUGGACAAGGCGGUGAUAACGCUGUUGGACCUGGUCAUGAAGAGGAUGGAGCAGUGCGUCGAAAAACCACCCGCUGAACCAGCCAAUGGGAACGGCGCCACGAAGCUUGGCGAUGCUCAGCCGAACGAGAAGAAAUGUGCAUGCUAGAUCAAGAAGGAAAUGACCAGUCAGCACUCCUCUGUUGUCUGUCCUUUCUACUUGCCACAUACCCUCCUUCUUUUACCUUCUCCUUCUGCCAUCUUUGAUUGCAUGUUUUUUCCAUAUUCUUUCCUCUCUAAGACACACCAUCCUCUGCUCCUCUUUUCUUUGUCUCCUGUCCUUUAUUCUUCCUCCCAAACUGUCUGCCACCCUGGCAAUGAAACAACCCUGUCUCCCUCUAGUGGAUAUCCAAGGUAAUACAGUCCUCAGCCUGUCUGCCUUUGAGCUCUGUUUGGGUGGAAAUUAAAACAGGAGGGGACAGUUUAAUCACUGUCAGACACAUAAUGUGCCUCGUCUAGAACUUGCAGUCUGGGAAUUAAGCUCUGCACACUCCCAGUCUGUCUGCUCACAAGUGGUUUAAAUGAGUUUAAUGGAUCUAAACAGGCAGAAAGAUGUUGGAAACUUUAAUCUGAACUCUUAGAUGUCUAAUCAGUUCAUCACUUGGUAACAGGGCAAAGGUUUUGCCUCCUGUUUAAGGUGUCACUUGAUGACUGGGCCACAGAGAAUUUAGCAUCAGGCUGUAUAUAUGUGUAAAUGAAGUCAUGGUCCUCUCCUGAAACUUUUCCUCCUGGACCAGGGUGAGCAGCUGUGUGGUUUUGUUUUAUUUUUAUUCCUGCUUCACACUUUGAUGCUGUACCCAUAUUAGCCACAAGCAGUUUUUUUCUGGGCAUUUGCUUAAAAUGCACCAAACUGUGUUUAAUAUAGUUGGCUGUGGUGUCAUGUCAGAAGUCUUUGACACCUGAUUGAUGCCAAAAACACACCAAGCACUGACGAAGUGAGGCCUGGGCCGAGCUGCCAAGCAAUCGACAUGGAAAGCCGAGCACAGCCAAACUAAAAGUUGGGGAUAGUUUAACUUUAAGCGACGAAUUGCAGCUAGUAAGUCUUGUCUUGUAAUUAUUGCAUUCAGCCGCACUUUGCCGCUGUUUAGUGUGCUUUUUGGCUUGACAUUGGCAUUUGUUAAGCUCAUGUCAGCUUGUUAGCCUCUAUAGCUUUAGGGUAUGUAAUAACAGCUUAAUCCAUAAUGAGCUGUGCAGAUAAAUACUGGGCUUGUGUAACACUUCAUAUCAGUAACAGUAAAUAAAAAUACACUACAUAGAGAUACCUCCAACACAAAGCUAAAGGGGUUAAACAGCCUCAGUGGUGUGUUAUUUCUCAUAAGCAAACAAUCAGAGUAGAUUGUUCUGCUUCUGGCCACUUGCUGGUGAUUAUUAUGUAUGGCAGUAUUAUGAAUUCAUAUUUUGGAUCAGUACUCUGAAUAUAUUUGUGUUGGCUCAUUUGUAAAGCAACCUUGAAAUAAAUGUUAAUACGACAAGCUCAGUUAACUGCAGGAACUCUGCUUCUGUCUCCCAGUGGUCUCACUCGUGGUAUUGCUAAGAAAAAAAAAAACCCUGUGGCCAAAAAAGCACUUAACACAUAGACCACCAUUAUAAAAGAGACAUCUGACUGCAAACAAGGUCAAAUAUGACUCCUUCUAUUUUGAAUUUUUGAUCCAUGGAGGUUUUAUAUUUGUAAAACUUUUCUUGAGCUGAGAAGAAAAGCAAUUUAAAAAUCUGUGACAUCAUCACAAUGUAAAGUCUUUGAGCCAAGAGGGAACUCGCAGAGCCAGUGGGAGAACUGGCACUACUGUGCGUUUUCAGUGGGCCGCAUACCUUGGAGUUAAACCAGGGAGGUAGAAACUUUUUUUGGCGUAUGUGCCAGGCAAGUGCUAUUGGAAUGAAUAGGCACAAUCUUGGCGUGCGGUAUCUAGUUUUUAUCAUACAUCUAUGGCUUCAUUGACUUCCUGUUUGCACAUCUGAUUAACAGCUGACGAAGCUAGACAGAAACUAGCUAACAUAGGGUUUCAUUUUUGGCAAGCUCCUAGGAGCAGCGCCGGGCUCUGAAGCCAAUUUUACAUUGUGGCCAAACCGUAGAAUUACAACUUCUGAGUUCAUCAUGUGGGCCCAAAAAGACUUCUUCCAAUAGACUCACAUUGGGAAAGUGAUUCCUGUAAAUCAGUGGAUACAUUUCUUUUUUUGGAGAAUCACAACCUGCGCAAAAUGACUCCUUUCAUUAUUGGGAUUUGGUCCUUUCAGUCUGAAAGCAUGGCAGAGGGGCCAUACGAAUAAAUAAUUUUAUCCCGAAUCAAGUUAGCAGAGCGCUAAAAUGGAAGUCUAUAGUGCGGCUGCUUUAUGGGCCCAGCAAUGCAGAAGCACAGUGUAAGAUUUGGGUAAUUUUACACACUAAAGUCAAACUUUUUUGGCUUCAUGCACAAAUUAACUGGACCCCACCUGUGACUCUAUAUCCACUUUUCUUUAUACAUCCAUGGUGCCUGACAGUGUUUGCAGUGGCUACAAGCAUCAUGCUUAAUUAACCCUUUAAAACCUUGAGCAAAUAGGCUUGGUUCCUUUUAAAAACCUGAGAAGAAGGCAAUGAGCGAUGACAGAAGAAAUGACCAAAAAAAUUAGCAAGAAUUUAGUAAAAAAGAGAAAAUUAGUAAAAAAUGAAAUAAAAUAAAGGAAACAAGAAAGACACAAGGAAAUUACCUGGAAAAAAAGCUUAAAAAUUAUAAUAAUUCUGUAACAUAAUUUUAAUUAAAUAAUAAAAUAUACAACAAUGAUAAUUAUAAAUGUAGUUUUUCCCUUUUUUUAAAAAUAAUUUUCUAAAUCUAUUAAUUUUUUGCAACUUGUGGAACAUUUCUUACCAAGUUGCUUACUGUCUUUUUCCCAUGUUUUUGAAAGAAAUUGCACCAAUUUGCUUGGAGCUCAAAUGUUUAAAUACUUCUGUAAGGCAUCUAGAGCAGCAAAAGAAAAGUGAUGUUGUUCCACGUUUCGAAGGGUUACCAAAAGCAUCUGAUGAGUGUUUCAGAGUAAAAUUAUUUUUGCAGUAUCAGAUAUGGGAAGACAUUAAAAAGAGAAAAAAUUAUCAGUCUUCUCACCUCACUACCAGCAUCUUAUCCAGGCUAGCUACGAACUAGGUGGGUGUGGCCGUUAAGUUGUUGCUUUCUAUGCCGAUGAUUCAAGUUUUCUUUGAAUUCUCUGUUUCUAUCUGACUUUUGAUGCCAGAACAAUAGCAUGUGGUUCGUUUAGCUAAUGUCACACCCUGCUGUGCUACAGGACUGCCAUAUGAUUGAUCAGAAAUAGCAUUGUUUGGAUACUUGGACACACAACUGCUGUCUGUUUGCAGCCCUGUUAUUUAUACUUUGCGUUUGCACAGCUAACUCUUCCAUUAGACCUCCAUGAUGGCGUCAGACCUGCAGGUAAUAUACCAUUCAUACUGUAGGUGAUGAAUAUGGGUACAGCAUGGCAAAUGUGAAGCGGAGAAACAAAAAAAACUGUAUGUCAUGAAUAGAGUGUCCUUGACCAGGAUAGAGAUAUUGUUCCAAACUGAUCUACUGCCUUGGCUUUUAAAGCGUUAUUCCACUGAUGCAGAACAGACUUUGAUCUCUGUGGGAGUUUGAGAUAAGUCAGCUAAAUAUAUCAGCUGCUCUGGGGAAGCAGUGUUACUCUGAUUAGCUAACAUUUACAGAACAUGAAAUAAUAGUAAAAUGGUAUAUAAGUCAACAUAAAUGAUUGUAUGAGGGGGGAGGAUGAUUAUUUCUAAUCAACAUCAUUACGCUUAUUGCGGGGUGAUGUUAGCUUUUCAGAGCAGCUGUGGCUCUCUCAUCUCUUUAUAACAGAUAAUCGGACAAAGUGAAAUAUCGCUUCAAGGCCCCAUACGUGACCAAUGUUGUUAGAAUAUAAAGUGACCAAUUAUUUAUAUUAAAAGAAAUGUAAAACAUA